AUGCCGUCCAAGAUCACUGUAGGCGUUGCCCAGGCACGCACCCAGGAUACCGUCACCGAGACUCUCUCCGCCCUCAACCGCAUCACUCGUCAUGCCGCCUCCCGCGGCGUCCAUCUGCUCCUCUUCCCUGAGGCCUAUCUGGGUGGAUACCCACGUACCUGCAGCUUUGGCACUGCCAUCGGUGCGCGCCAGCCUCAGGGACGGGAACAGUUCUUGAACUACUUCCAUUCCGCGGUGGAUCUCGGGGAUACCCCCACUGGAGCGGGUGAUGACUGGGUGCAGAGGAAGCUGCCCGUGGCGGAGGGCAAGAAUCAUCGAGGCGACGGUACCCGAGAGACUCUUGAGCGGAUUGCGAAGGAGACGGGCGUCUUCAUUGUUGUGGGCGUCAUCGAGAGAGCCGCGGGCAGUUUGUACUGUGCUGCGCUUUACGUAGACCCUUCGAGGGGAGUGCUGGGAAAGAGGAGAAAGGUCAUGCCCACCGGAUCGGAACGUCUCGUCUGGGCCCAGGGCUCCCCGUCAACCUUGAAGGCCGUGACUACCCAUCUCAACGGGGUCCCCGUGACCCUGGCGGCAGCUAUCUGCUGGGAGAACUACAUGCCCCUUCUCCGACAGAGUCUGUACUCACAGAGCGUGAACAUCUAUUUGGCUCCUACAGCUGAUGCCCGGGACACAUGGCUGCCCCUGAUGCGGACCGUCGCAUUCGAGUCGCGGGCGUAUGUACUGAGCGCAAACCAGUGCGUCCGGUAUAACGAACUCCCGGAGUGGGUCACUGGCGAACGGGAUGAGAAGAUCUCGACCCACUACGUCAGCCGCGGUGGUUCCUCCAUCGUUGAUCCCCAGGGCCAGGUUAUUGCGGGUCCUAUCUGGGAGGUUUCUGCUGACGAUAUGUCUGAUUCUGCGGCUGAUGCCGUGGUAGACGGGCUGAUUAUCUCGGAUAUCGAUGUCGAGGACUGCGAACGGGGUAGAUUGGACAUGGAUGUGGCAGGCCACUACUCGAGGAAUGAUGCGUUCAAGUUGACGGUGGAAGGGCUGGAUCUCAACCCACCUCCUCUCUGA